AUGCGUCCCUCGACCAGCACCGCCACCCUGCUGGCGCUCGCCGCCGCCGCUUCCGCCAAGCUGCAAUAUCUGGGCGUCGCCAUGUCCGGCAUCGACUUUGGUUGCGACAUUGACGGCACCUGCCCGCUCAAGACGGUCGCCCUGCCCCUCAAAAACUACGGCGGCGCCGACGGCAAGGCCCAGAUGGAGCACUUCGUCAAGGACGACAAGCUCAACAUCUUCCGGCUGCCCGUGUCCUGGCAGUUCCUCACCAACGCCAAGGGCGGCAGCGACCUCGACCCGCAGGGGUGGGAGAGCUACGACACGCUGAUGCAGACGUGCUUCGACACGGGCGCCUACUGCAUGAUCGACCUGCACAACUUUGCGCGCUUCGACAAGGGCAUCAUCGGCCAGGGCGGCCCGUCGGACGCCACCUUUGCACGGCUCUGGGCCAACAUCGCGGCCAAGUACAAGGACAACGACCGCGUCGUCUUCGGUCUGAUGAACGAGCCGCACGACCUCGACACGGCCAAGUGGGCCGACACCUGCCAGGCCGCCGUCACGGCGAUCCGCAAGGCCGGCGCCAAGACGCAGGCCAUCCUGCUGCCGGGCAACAACUUCUCGAGCGCCGCCGACUUUGUCGCCAACGGCAGCGCCGAGCUGCUCUCCAAGAUCACCAACCCGGACGGCUCGACCGACGGCCUGCUGCUGGACCUGCACAAGUACCUGGACAUCAACAACUCGGGCCAGCACUCCGAGUGCACGACGGACAACGUCGAGGGCUUCGGCACCAUCGCCACCUGGCUGCGCGCCAACAACCGCACGGCCAUGGUGUCGGAGACGGGCGCGUCGAUGGAGGACUCGUGCAUGGAAAAGUUUUGCGCGCAGAACCGCUUCAUCAACAACAACACGGACGUCUUCGUCGGCUUCGUCGGGUGGAGCGCCGGCAGCUUCGACGGGACGUACGUCAUGUCGCUGACGCCGACGGGCAGCGCGGGCGCGUACACGGACAACAAGCUGAUGCAGCAGUGCAUCCUGGACGUGUUCAAGGGCAAGCUCAGCCCGCCGCCGUCGUCGAGCUCCUCCUCGGCGCGGCCCCCGGCGUCGUCGACGACUGAGUCCGGCGCGCAAAAGACGAGCAGCUCGGUAUUCUUCGAGAAUUCGAGCACGCCGUCGCGGAAGCCGGCAGAUGGUGCGGCGGCGAGGCUGUCGCGCAGCGGUGCCCUGGCCCUCGUCGCUGCCGCGGCUUUCUGCUUGACUGCUUUUUAG